AUGACUGAAUAUCAGACGCUGGGACACAUGGUGGAAGUUUUCGACGAACCAGACCAUUGCUAUUUUCUACCCCACCAUGCUGUAUACAAAGAAUCAAGUACUACUACAAAAAUACGUGUAGUAUUUGAUGCAUCAGCGAAAACAUCUACUGGUGUUUCCUUAAACGACGUUUUGGGAGUAGGUCCAACGGUACAAAAGGACCUGAUCACUAUCCUACUGCGAUUCUGCUGCUAUCCAGUUGUGCUAACAGCGGAUAUUCCAAAGAUGUACCGCCAGGUGCAAAUUCACGAAGACGAUCGGAAGUACCAACGAAUCCUUUGGCUGAAUUCCAAGAACGAAAUUGGAGUGUUUGAAUUAGCAACUAUAACGUACGGUUGUGCUAGCGCUCCCUAUCUGGCGACACGUGCUCUGAUGCAGUUGCUAGCGGAAAUUCUUCGACGUGGUGGAUUUGGCGUCCACAAAUUCUGCUCCAACAGUGAAAUCGUUCGGAACAACAUUCCGAUUGAACUGCAAGAAACGCAAGCCAAUUUUGAAGAUGCUGAUAUUAACAACGCGAUCAAGACGCUGGGUCUCAUCUGGAAUCAACACGAUGAUUACUUCCGAUUCAAUGUGGCUCCUCUCGACGGGCAGGUGCCUACAAAAACGAGUGUUCUUUCGGCAAUUGGUCGUCUUUUCGACCCAUGCGGCUACCUUGGUUCACUACCAGCGGAAAUUUUGACGAUGGAUAAAUGGUGGAAUUCAUCCUCCCUACUAUGGAAAAGGAAUACUGAUGAUGAUGAAGAGCGGGUCAAGCUGGAUGACAACGAGAUUCCUGAGCUCAAGCCAAAGGUCAUUAUGGCUACUGUGCAGAAACCAUCGAUUGACCUGACUAGAUUAAGCAGCUUUCCGCGGUUACAGCGAGCGUGGGCGUAUGUGGUAAGAUUCAUCAAAAACACCCGCACUAAGCAACGAGAUACUUCGGUGCUCACGGCGCGAGAAUUGGAUGGUGCUAUCCAUGCCAUAAUAAAAUUAGUGCAAAAACAAGCAUUCGACGAUUUGUAUCAUGCCCUGGAGAACAACGUGAAUAAGCGCAACAAAUAUAGUGGAUUAGCUCCAUUCAUCGAUACAGAAGGUGUAAUUAGAGUUGGUGGACGGCUAAAAUACUCAUCGAUUCCAUAUGACGGAAAGCAUCAGAUCCUGCUACCUGAGAAGCACCAUGUGACUGCUAUUCUUCUACGACAACUUCAUGAGGAUAAUUUCCACGUUGGGCAGCGAGGACUACUGUCAAUUGUUCGUGAACGAUAUUGGCCUGUGAACGCGAUGAUGCUUAUCAAGGGAAUCAUAUCCAAAUGCCAUGUGUGUUAUCGCCACAAUCCUCAACCGGUGAGUCAAUACAUGGGAGAUUUGCCGAAUUAUCGAAUCACUCCAGCUCCAGUAUUUUCGAACACGGGAGUCGACUAUGCAGGUCCAAUUUACCUCAAGGAAGCAGGAAGAAAAACCGUAGUGUAUAAGGCGUACAUAUGUGUUUUUAUUUGUAUGGCCACCAAGGCAAUCCAUCUGGAAGUGGUGUCAAAUCUAACAGCUGGAAAUUUUAUCGCUGCUCUACAGCGGUUCAUUAGCCGACGAGGAAUUGUUUCCAAUAUGUUCUCCGAUAAUGGCACUACGUUCGUUGGCGCAAAUCAUGAGUUGGCAGACCUACGUCGACUCUUCGAAGACCAGGCACACCAGAGGAAGUUGCAUGAUUUCUGUGCCUCGAAGGGAAUCCAAUGGCACUUCAUCCCACCACGCAGCCCCCACUUUGGCGGUAUCUGGGAGGCUGGAGCGAAGCACCAUUUGAAGCGAGUUGUUGGUGAAACCAAAUUGACUUUCGAGGAGAUGUCAACAUUCUUGACGCAAUGUGAAGCAAUUCUGAACAGUCGACCACUUAUUCCGGUUUCCAACGAUCCAAACGACAUCGAAGUGCUGACACCGUCACACUUUCUCAUCCAGAGAUCGGCUUUGAGCAUUCCAGAGCCAUCGUACAAUGAACUGAAGGUUGGUCGACUCAGUCGUUGGCAACAUGUGCAGCUGAUGAAGGAACAUUUUUGGAAGCGCUGGUCGACUGAAUAUUUGCACCAUCUUCAAUCUCGACCCAAGUGGCAUACUACAACGAACAUCGAAAUAGGUAGCUUGGUAGUAUUGAAGGACGAGAACACACCGCCUUUCCAAUGGUGUAUGGGACGUAUCGUGGCAACUCAUCCAGGAACGGAUGGAAUAGUUCGGGUAGUUACUAUCAAGACGGUCGCAUCAGAGUUUCGACAAUCUGUUACGAAGAUUUGUUUGCUUCCGUCUGUUGAUCCUGAGGACUCAACGGGGGGAGUAUAA